AUGCCUGGUACUGUUGCAGUGCUAAGGACGAGCCCUGUUCGUGUCGGUGGACAGUUGGACGAGUCUCGAGCUUAUUUUCACAGACUAUUCUGGACGUUUCCACCAUGUAUCGAGGCAUUCCAUCAUUGCAAGCCCCUAGUUAGUAUUGACGGCACCCAUCUGUAUGGCAAGUAUGGGGGAACGUUGCUUUUCGUGAUUGCACAUGACGGGAACUCCAACAUACUCCCUGUUGCAUUCGCAUUAGUCGAGGGUGAGAAUGCUGAGUCGUGGUCCUUCUUUCUCUCCCACCUGCGUGAGCAUGUGACACAGCAGCCGGGUCUGCUGGUUAUCUCGGACAGACAUAACGGCAUCAAGGCCACGCUUGAGGCUCCUAACGGAGGCUGGUUACCUCUGUCUGCAUACCGGGCAUUCUGCAUUCGACAUGUUGCGGCAAAUUUCGCCCUCACCUUCAAGGGCAAAGACGCAAGGAGGCUACUUGUGAAUGCGGCGUACGCUAAGACUGAGGUCGGGUUCCAUUACUGGUUUGAUAUUCUUAGGUCCGAAGACCCGGCGAUGUGUGACUGGGCAAACCGGAUUGAGUAUUCGUUGUGGACACAACAUUGUGAUGAAGGAUGUAGAUUCGGACACAUGACGACGAAUAUAUCUGAGUGUGUGAACUCGAUCCUCAAGGGUGUCCGAAACCUUCCUAUGUGCUCGCUAAUGAAGGCAACAUACGGAAGGUUGGCCGAAUUAUUUGUUCGCAAAGGGAGAGAGGCUCAGGCGCAGAUGGGAACCUGA